AUGGCGAUGCAAUAUCCGCUGAAUACGGUCCAGCCGCAACCAGUCCCCGGCCAACCCCAACCAUUGGGUACAGCCCAGACAACUGUGGUGAUCACCACACAGCCCGGUCCAGUGCCGGUUUUGACUCCGCUGAAAAACUGGACAUGGCGUCUGUUCGACAUACCCGACUGUGGUCUAUUCGCUAUGUCUUGGUUCUGUCCCUGCCUGGUAUUUGGCGCUACUGCACAAGCGAUUGGUCAAUCGUAUGUGCUUUGUUGUGUGGCCUACGUGUUCACACUACUCAAUGUGUACUUGGUACCAAUCCACAUUCUGUUGGGCUGUUUCUUUCGCGAACGUGUGCGCAAUCGAUAUCGAAUCCGAGGAAACUUGCUAUGCGAUCUUCUAGCCUAUGUGUUUUGCUGUCCGUGUACUCUGAAUCAGGAAGCAUUACAGGCAGACGCGGAGCAACGUGCCCUAGCUGCGGUUCCCGGUGGCCAGGGCUCAAACGGAUUCUCCAUUCGUCUCGGAUCCCGAGUGAUUAGCUUGAAUACGGAUCGGGCUGCGCAGUCGACAACUACCGUUCCGACAGCAACCGCAGCGACUACUGUCCCCGGACCCAGUGUCCCAUUGCUGGCACCGACCAUGCCGUACGCGUCCACGGACCCGUCUGUGCAGCAACCGAUGAUGCCAAGCGUUCCACCACCAUAUACUGUCAGCCAACAGCUUCCAUUGGGAUUCGCGGUUUCUCAAACAGCUCCGGCUCAUAUAUAA